UCUCCGCUUUGUCUCCCUCUUCUCACUCACCCUUACUCCAUAUAAAUAGAUAUUUUUUCUCUCUCUCUCUCUCUCAAAACUCAAAAUACCCUAAAAUCAUCAAUUAUUAUUCAUUUUUAUUUAUUUCCCAAAUUUCGAAUCUACCCCCGCCUCUCUCUCUCCUCAUGGACCCAACCUCGAUCUCUUCACUUCCAGCUCCGGCUCCCAACGCCGUCCCCUUCGCCGUCGAACCAAACAACCACCCUCCACCACCACCGUCUAAUCCGUCUCCACAUGCAAUUCACCCACCCUAUGCCGAGAUGAUAUACACAGCAAUUGAAGCUUUGAAAGAACAAAACGGUUCAAGCAAAAGAGCAAUUUCGAAAUACAUAGAACAUGUUUACAAAGACCAACUUCUACCUUCACACCCAACCUUGUUGACUCAUCACUUGAAGCGUUUGAAAUCUGAAGGUUUACUUUCUAUGGUUAAAAAUUCAUACAUAAUCCCUAGAUCUACUCCACCUCAACCUUCUUCUUCACCUACUCAACCUUCAAGACCACGUGGCAGACCCAGAAAACCCCAAUCUCAACCACUUCAUGUUAUCGUUGCUAAUAACAACGACAGCUCGGCCCACCAGCAAGCCCAAAAUGCUGAGCCUGUUUGGGCUGCACUUGGGCUUGCUGACGAGCCAUCAUCUGCUGCUGCUGCUGCCGUUGUUGUUUCUGAUGAGAGUAAAAGAGGUCGUGGACGUCCUAAGAAAGGGACUGGCCCAAGCCCAAACCCAGUACCAACUCAAGGUGGUGGUGUGGUUGUGGUUCCACCAACACCUUCUCGAGGUAGAGGACGUCCGCCUGGGUCUAAAGCUAAACCAAAGAGGAGACCUGGACGCCCACCGAAGGUGCAGCCGGAGACUACAGCUGUUGUUUUGAGUGAUGGUUCGAAGAGAAAACCGGGGCGUCCGGCUAAGAAUCAAAAGCAGAAUCCGACUCCGAUACCGUUUGCUUCACCUGUGUCUGAAGUGGUAGUGCCGACGACUGGAGUGGAAGGGGGGGCUGUUUUGACUCCGAGAUCUAGAGGAAGGCCUAGAAAGAAUAAUUCUGCUGUUGCUGUUGCUGCUGUGCCUGUUGCUGUUGUUGCUGCUGCUGGGAGAGGUAGAGGACGUGGAAGAGGUCGCGGCCGUGGCGGUCUGGGUGUUACCGUUCAGUCUAGACCUGCUGGAACAAGGCCUGUGGGUCGUCCAAAGAAGGGAACAACACCUGCUACUGCUAGUGCUCCAGAAAAUGCUGCUAAUGAAGAACUCAGGAGGAAACUCGAACACUUUCAAGGAAAAAUCAAGGAAUCUCUUGCCGUGCUUAGGCCUCAUUUUAACCAUGAAAGUCAGAUCACUGCAAUUGCGGCAAUUCAAGAGUUGGAAAUACUCGUAGCCAUGGAUCUUAACGAACCACUAAAGGAUGAACCACUUCCACAGCAACAGAACCUGCUGCCAGUACAAGAUCAGCCACCACCGCAGCAGCCACCACAGCAGGUCCCACCACAGCAAGUGCCACCGCAACAUCUUCCAGCACAACAAAUUGCGCAUGUGCCGCAGGUAUUUGCACAAUAUCCACCGUUUCAUAUUCAGGAGUUUCAAUUCCAGCAGCAACAGCCGCCGCUAUACCAACAACCACCGCCACAGCAGCAGCCGCUAUACCAACCACCACCGCCACAGCAGAACCAGUUUCAUCCUUAGAAAUCAGUGUCAGCUAGGAAGAAUUACAUGGCCGGCUGUCAAUUGAUUAGGAAAAUUUUAAUCGUGGUCUUCAACUUGAUUAUGAACAACUUUGUACAACUGGUUUUAACAGUGGCACAUGAUAUGAGGUGACAGAUUUGUAAAGCGAGUAGGCAGUAGCAGAUCUGACUUUUCUUUGAGUGAAAAUGACUGUUCAUUUUUAGUUUGCUGUUGUGUUGCACUGUUUUUAGAUAGACCGCUUAAGUUAUUUUUAGAUUUUAGAGUACUGAUGAUUCUGUUAUUCAUGUUAUAUUUGUUUGACUAUGACAGCUUAAGUUUAAGUCACAUUAUUUCCA